AUGCGAUUUGUGGGGAAAUCACGAACUACCCUCCCGGAGGACCCAAAUUGGCCCUACUUUGACUCCCCUUGGGAUUUGUUGCGUGACUGUCAGGACUACAACUCUGACAUCUCUAACACCUCCAGCCAUUUGGGAGCUUGUAUCCUCUCCCACAUGCUCGGUUUUCUCUCCGCCUACAUCUUUCCUUUUGUUGGCCUCUUCGGCGUUGUCUCGAACAUCCUUGUUACCUAUAUCUUCCUCUUCGUCUUUCGCAAGCCGUCGCGUCAGAUGAUUUACCUUGGCUGCGUGGCAGCCGCCGAUGUCAUCACCAUUAUCCUUUUUGGCUGGAUUUGGGUAUUUCCCGCAAAAGGUCUACCUUACGCCACUGGUGCGAGGGUCUACUUUUUCAUCCUCAAUGUCAACAUCUAUAGUUGCAAAAUCAUGCGCUAUCUCUACUCCUUCUCCUCAUGUCUGAGCUCCUCCCUCUUUCUCCUAACCGCCUUCGAUCGCUGUUUGUGUGUUUACUUUCCCCUCAAAUUUGCUCGAAUCUCGCGAAGAAGAGCGUGGGAGGCUGUCGGUGUAAUUACACUCUUCUCAGCUCUUGCGAUGCUACCCUUUGGUUUGUUAGUUGAGCAUACCUUAUCGAAUGGCAAAAUAAUCUGUUGGGUAAAGGUGGGACCAAAUGCUCUGCAAAUUUAUCAUGUCCUCCUAGCCAACUCCAGCUUACUGCAAACCAUCUUAGUGAUUAUUAUAAACAUUGCCUUAUUAAUUCGCCUCCGUCAGAGUGCUGUGCUCCGUGAGACAAUGUCCAAAUGCACCAGUGCCAAUCGCGAGAUAGCAGCCUCUAUGCUACUGGUCAUUCUCUCCACCAUUGUGGUCAUUUGUACACUGCCUCAAUCAAUUGCCUAUGUCUUCUCCACAAUUCUGGCUGAGGUGCUUGAUGGAGAUACAGGGCGCACAGCAGUCCGUAUAGCCUACAAUAUCUCCGAUCUCGGAUGGCAACUCCUUUUCUUUCAACAGGCCUCCAAUUGGGCUCUCUACAUGAAGCGGAUGAAGAACUUUCGCAGAGCUACCUUGCGUCUUCUACGAUGUCACUGCAACAGAGGUCGAGGAUUGGUGGACGAUGCCUUCGGCUCUAUUCAUUACCUUUCUACAAAAGCACGUUAUCUAACCAGCGAGCUUCGAAUUACUCGCGGUGACGUCUCAAAGGUCUAUGGCAUGCGCUUCGCAACUGCCAAGAAGGGUGGUGUCUCUGACUUUUGGAAAAUGAAGUACUCAGGCGCAGUGUUACACACAAGUUUCGGAAACUUUCAAUGUCAAGGGAAGGGAGGAAAUGACAGUAACAACAACAACAUUUCAGAGAUCUGCCGCUACACAUACCGUGGAAGCAUGCGACACACCACUACAAUGUCAACAAUUACGCCCGGUACCGUCUACGCAGACAUCGACACACCGACCGAGCCUGCUCUGGAGUCGGGCCGUGUAUUGACUAGAUUUUGA